AUGACCGAGUCGAAAAAGCAUUUGUUGGACGCUUCCGGCGCCGCCGAAGCCAAAGAGGAUAAAACUGCCACCGCCAUUUUGCGCAGAAAAAAGAAGGACAACGCCUUGAUUGUGGACGACGCUGUCAACGACGACAAUUCCGUCAUCACCAUGUCUCCUGAGACAAUGGAGCUCUUGGAGCUUUUCCGUGGUGACACGGUGAUUGUCAAGGGCAAGAAGCGGAAGGACACCGCGUUGAUUGUGUUGAUCGACGAGGAGGUCGAGAACGGAGUAGUUAGAAUUAACAGAUGUGUGCGUAACAACUUGCGUGUCAAGUUGGGUGAUAUCGUUACGGUGCACCCUUGCCACGACAUCAAGUAUGCCACUAGAAUCUCCGUCUUGCCAAUCCAGGAUACCGUGGAGGGUAUCACUGGUUCUUUGUUCGACGUGUACUUGAAGCCAUACUUCGUAGAGGCAUACAGACCCGUGCGUAAAGGCGACUUAUUCACAGUCAGAGGUGGUAUGAGAAAGGUCGAGUUCAAGGUUGUCGAGGUGGAGCCUGAUGAGUAUGCCAUUGUCUCUCAAGACACCAUCAUCCACUGUGAGGGUGAGCCAAUCAACAGAGAAGACGAAGAAAACAACAUCAACGAGGUUGGUUACGACGACAUUGGUGGAUGCAAGAAGCAAAUGGCCCAGAUCAGAGAAUUGGUCGAGUUGCCUUUGAGACACCCUCAAUUGUUCAAAUCCAUCGGUAUCAAGCCACCAAAGGGUAUUUUGAUGUACGGUCCUCCGGGAACUGGUAAAACCAUCAUGGCUCGUGCUGUGGCCAACGAGACUGGUGCUUUCUUCUUCUUGAUCAAUGGUCCGGAGAUCAUGUCGAAAAUGGCCGGUGAAUCCGAAUCCAACUUGAGAAAAGCUUUCGAAGAGGCCGAGAAGAACUCUCCUGCCAUCAUCUUUAUCGACGAAAUUGACUCUAUUGCUCCAAAGAGAGACAAGACUAAUGGUGAGGUUGAGAGAAGAGUGGUUUCGCAAUUGUUGACGUUGAUGGAUGGUAUGAAGGCCAGAUCCAAUGUCGUGGUCAUUGCCGCCACCAACAGACCUAACUCCAUCGACCCGGCCUUGAGAAGAUUCGGUAGAUUUGAUAGAGAGGUUGAUAUCGGUGUUCCAGAUGCUGCUGGUCGGUUUGAAAUCUUGAAUAUUCACACUAAAAACAUGAAAUUGGCUGAUGAUGUCGACUUGGCAGCUAUCGCCUCCGAGACUCAUGGUUUUGUUGGUGCCGAUGUCGCCUCAUUGUGUUCUGAGGCUGCCAUGCAACAGAUUCGUGAGAAGAUGGAUCUCAUUGAUUUGGAUGAAGACACUAUCGAUGCCGAGAUUUUGGACUCUUUGGGUGUUACCAUGGAUAACUUUAAAUUUGCUUUGGGCAACUCUAACCCAUCUGCAUUGCGUGAGACUGUUGUCGAGAACGUCAACGUCACUUGGGAUGACAUUGGUGGUUUGGAUGGUAUCAAGAGCGAGUUGAAGGAAACCGUCGAGUACCCAGUCUUGCACCCAGACCAAUACCAAAAGUUUGGCUUGGCACCAUCUAAGGGUGUUUUGUUCUAUGGUCCUCCCGGUACUGGUAAGACCCUUUUGGCUAAGGCUGUUGCAACCGAGGUUUCUGCCAAUUUCAUUUCCGUCAAGGGUCCAGAGUUGUUGAGUAUGUGGUACGGUGAGUCAGAGUCAAACAUCCGUGACAUCUUCGACAAAGCUAGAGCUGCUGCCCCCACUGUCGUGUUUUUGGAUGAGUUGGACUCCAUCGCCAAGGCUAGAGGUGGAUCGCAUGGUGAUGCCGGCGGUGCUUCUGACCGUGUUGUCAACCAGUUGUUGACUGAGAUGGAUGGUAUGAAUGCAAAGAAGAACGUGUUUGUCAUUGGUGCUACCAACAGACCUGACCAAAUCGACCCAGCGUUGUUGAGACCAGGAAGAUUGGAUCAAUUAAUUUACGUGCCAUUGCCAGACGAGACUGCAAGAUUGUCUAUCUUGCAAGCUCAAUUGCGUAACACUCCAUUGGAGCCAUCGUUGGACUUGCGUGAAAUCGCCAAGAUCACUAACGGUUUCUCUGGUGCUGAUUUGUCUUACAUUGUGCAAAGAUCUGCCAAGUUUGCUAUCAAGGACUCCAUCGAGGCCCAGAUUAGACGUGCUAAGACCGAGGCACAAGAGGGAGGUGAUGUUGAAAUGACUGACAAGGUCAAGACUGAGGAAGAGGAGGAAGAAGAGGACCCAGUCCCAUUCAUCACCAGAGCUCAUGUUGAGGAGGCCAUGAAGACCGCCAAGCGUUCCGUUUCAGACGCCGACUUGCGUAGGUACGAAUCGUACGCACAACAACUACAGGCUUCUCGUGGCCAAUUCACCAACUUCAGAUUCUCCGAAAACGCAGAGGGUGGUGAAAGCACUGGUGCUGCCUUUGGGGCCGAUGCCGAAGAUGAUGACUUAUACAGCUAG